AUGCACGGAGAGGUUCUUCACCUCCACCUUGGCCAGGCUGGUACUCAGCUGGGUAACAGUGCUUGGGAGCUCUACCUCCUCGAGCACGGCCUUGGUCAAGAUGGUCGUCCUGACCCCAACCUCAAGGAUGUCCCCUCCGAAGGCUCCUACGAGACCUUCUUCACUGAGACCAGCAAUGGCAAAUAUGUGCCCCGAUCCCUCUUCGUCGACCUCGACCCCUCCCCCAUUGACGAGAUCCGCACUGGUGGCUAUCGCUCUCUCUUCCACCCGGAGCUUCUGAUCAGCGGCAAGGAGGAUGCUGCCAACAACUACGCCCGUGGGCACUACACCAUUGGAAAGGAGAUGGUCGACAAUGUCAUUGACCGCAUUCGACGUGUUGCUGACAACUGCAGCUCUCUGCAAGGUUUCUUGGUCUUCCACUCCUUUGGUGGUGGCACUGGCUCCGGUUUUGGCGCCCUCCUCCUCGAGCGCCUGUCCACCGAGUACGGCAAGAAGUGCAAGCUGGAGUUCGCGGUCUACCCUGCCCCUCGCGUGUCCACCGCUGUCGUUGAGCCUUACAACGCCGUGCUCUCAACCCACAGCACGAUCGAGAACUCCGACUGCACCUUCCUCGUCGACAAUGAGGCCGUCUACGACAUCUGCCGUCGCAACUUGGACAUAUCUCGCCCAAGCUACGAGCAUCUCAACCGCCUGAUUGCCCAGGUCGUCAGCUCCAUCACUUCCUCUCUCCGCUUCGAUGGUGCGCUCAACGUCGAUUUGAACGAGUUCCAGACCAACUUGGUCCCGUACCCUCGUAUUCACUAUCCCCUGAUCAGCUACGCUCCGGUCAUUUCUGCCCAAAAGAGCUCCCACGAGAGCUUCAAGACUUCCGACCUUACUUUCCAAUGCUUCGAGCCCAACAACCAGAUGGUUGUCUGCGACCCCCGAAAUGGCAAGUACAUGGCCGUUGCGCUGCUCUACCGCGGAGACGUGGUCCCCCGCGACUGCAACGCUGCCGUCGCGGCCCUCAAGGCCAAGUCCUCGUUCAACCUUGUCGAGUGGUGCCCCACUGGCUUCAAGAUCGGCAUCAACUACCAGAAGCCCGUUACGGUCCCGGCUACCGAUGGUGGUCUGGCUACCGUCGACCGGUCCGUGUCUAUGCUGUCCAACACCACUGCAAUUGCGGAGGCUUGGUCUCGCCUGGACCACAAGUUCGAUCUCAUGUACAGCAAGCGCGCCUUCGUCCACUGGUACGUCGGCGAGGGUAUGGAGGAAGGCGAGUUCAGCGAGGCCCGCGAGGAUCUUGCUGCUCUCGAGAAGGAUUACGAAGAGGUCGCUGCCGACUCAUUCGAGCCUGAGGAGGAUGUUGAGUACUAG